AUGAAAAUGCUGCUCACUUUGCUCCUUAUGAUAAUUUGUUCCCAUGUUUCUGUCAACCAACAUUCUGGCCCUGAGUAUGCUGAUGUGGUGUUUCUGGUGGACAGCUCUGACCACCUGGGAAUUAAAUCCUUCCCGUUUGUAAAGACAUUCAUCAACAAAAUUAUCACCAGCCUCCCCAUAGAGGCCCACAAGUACCGUGUGGGCCUGGCCCAGUACAACGAUGGGCUCCACAGAGAAUUCCAGCUCAGCACCUUCGAGAGCAAAGGCCCCAUGUUGAACCACCUCAAGAAGAACUUCAGGUUCCUGGGUGGCUCCCUGCGGAUUGGGAACACUCUCCAGGAAGUACACAAAACCUACUUCUCAAACGGGAGGGACAGGAGACAUUUUCCCCCGAUCCUGGUGGUCCUGGUUUCAGCCGAGUCUGAGGAUGCCGUGGAAGAGGCCUCUGAGGCGCUGCGCAACGACGGGGUGAGGAUCAUCUCCGUGGGGAUGCAGGGGGUGUCCGAGGAGACUCUGAGGGCCAUGGCCACAGACCAGUUCCACUACAGCCUCCGAACGGUCCGAGACCUCAGCAAGUUCUCCCAAAACAUGACGAAGAUUCUCAAGGAUGCAGCUCAGUACAAGGAAGGAGCAGUCAAUGACAUUCUUGUGGAAGUUUGCCAAGGCCCUUCUGUGGCCGAUGUUGUGUUCCUGUUGGAUAUGUCCAUCAACGGCAGCUGGGAGGACUUUGACUAUCUUAUAGAAUUCCUGGAAGAAAGUGUAACUGCACUGGACAUCAAGGAAAACUGCAUGAGGGUUGGCCUUGUGGUCUAUAGCAAUGAGACAAAGGUGAUUAACCUACUGAGCAGUGGCAUAAACAAGUCAGAGAUUCUCCAGGAUAUACAGAGCCUCUCUCCCCAGGCCGGGAAGGCCUACACUGGAGCUGCCUUGAGAAAGAUCAGGAAGGAGGUUUUCAGCGUGCAGCACGGCAGUAGGAAGAAUCAGGGAGUGCCACAGAUAGCUGUGCUGGUGACUCAUAGCCCAUCUGAGGACAACGUGACCAAGGCUGCUGUGAACCUCCGGCGCCAGGGGGUGACCAUCUUCACCAUAGGCAUAGAGGGGGCCAGCGAUGCCCAGCUGGAGAAGAUCGCAUCUCACCCUGCCGAGCAGUACGUCUCCAAACUGAAAACCUUCUCUGACCUGGCUGCCCACAACCAGACAUUUCUAAAGAAACUGCGGAACCAGAUCAUACACACAGUCUCUGUCAUUUCCGAAAGGACUGAAACCCUCAAAUCUGGUUGUGUGGACACUGAUGAAGCAGACAUCUAUCUGCUCAUCGAUGGCUCUGGGAGCACCCAGGCCACGGACUUCCAGGAAAUGAAAACCUUCCUGUUGGAGGUUGUAGAGAUGUUCAACAUCGCUCCCCAGAAGGUGCGAGUUGGAGCUGUCCAGUAUGCUGACCGCUGGGACUUGGAAUUUGAGAUCAAUAAAUACACCAACAAGCAUGAUGUGGGAAAGGCCAUCGAGAACAUCAGGCAGCUGGGCGGGAACACAAACACAGGUGCAGCCUUGAACUUCACCCUGGGGCUGUUGCAGAAAGCAAAGAGGCAGCGGAAAAACAGAGUGCCAUGCCACCUUGUUGUCCUGACCAACGGCGUGUCCCAGGAUAGCAUCUUGGGGCCCGCAAAUAGACUGAGAGAGGAGCUCAUCCACGUCUAUGCCAUCGGGGUCAAGGAGGCCAACAAGACACAGCUGCGAGAAAUCGCAGGCGAGGAGAAGCGGGUGUACUAUGUGCAUGACUUUGAUGCCUUGAAAGACAUAAGAAACCAGGUUGUUCAAGAAAUCUGUGCCGAAGAAGCCUGCAAAGAGAUGAAGGCAGACAUCAUGUUUCUGGUGGACAGUUCUGGCAGUAUAGGACAUGAAAACUUCAUCAAAAUGAAAACAUUUAUGAAAAACCUGGUGAGAAAAUCUCAGAUUGGGGGAGAUAGGGUGCAAAUCGGUGUAAUCCAGUUCAGUGACAUCAAUAAGGAGGAGUUUCAGCUCAACAGAUAUAUGUCCCAGGGGGAAAUUUCAGAUGCAAUAGACCGAAUGGUUCACAUUGGAGAAACUACCUUGACUGGUAGCGCCCUGACCUUCGUGUCUCAGUACUUCAGCCCUGCCAAGGGGGCCCGGCCCAACAUCAGGAAGUUCCUCAUCCUCAUCACGGACGGUGAGGCUCAGGACAUAGUCAAGGACCCAGCAGUGGCACUUCGGCAAGAAGGCAUAAUUAUCUACUCUGUGGGGGUGUUUGGCUCCAAUGUCACCCAGCUUGAGGAGAUCAGUGGGAGGCCAGAGAUGGUUUUUUAUGUUGAGAAUUUUGACAUUCUGCAGCACAUUGAAGACGACCUUGUUUUUGGAAUAUGCAGCCCCCGUGAAGAAUGCAAGCGCAUUGAAGUUUUAGACGUCGUGUUUGUAAUUGACAGCUCUGGCAGCAUUGAUCAUGAUGAGUAUAAUAUCAUGAAGGACUUCAUGAUUGACUUGGUGAAAAAAGCUAAUGUGGGCAAGAAUCAUGUCCGGUUUGGGGCUCUGAAGUAUGCGGAUGACCCAGAGGUGCUGUUUUAUCUGGAUAACCUUGGCACAAAAUGGGAGGUGAUCUCGGUGCUCCAAAAUGACCAGCCCAUGGGGGGCAACACUUACACCGCCAAGGCCCUGGGCUUCUCAGACCACAUGUUCACUGAAGCCCGGGGCAGCCGCCUGCACAAGGGGGUCCCCCAGGUCCUCAUCGUAAUCACCGAUGGGGAAUCCCAUGAUGCUGAUAAGCUCAAUGCCACAGCCAAGGCCUUGCGGGACAAAGGCAUCCUUGUCCUGGCCGUGGGGAUCGCUGGUGCGAAUGCUGUGGAGCUGCUGGCCAUGGCAGGAUCAAGUGACAAGUACUUCUUUGUGGAAACUUUUGGAGGCCUGAAGGGGAUAUUUUCAGAUGUGUCUGCCAGUGUGUGUAACUCUUCAAAAGUAGAUUGUGAAAUUGAAAAAGUAGACCUCGUGUUCCUCAUGGAUGGUUCGAAUAGCAUUCAUCCAGAUGACUUCAAGAAGAUGAAGAGAUUCUUGGCAUCUGUCGUUCAAGACUUCGAUGUCAGUGUCAACAGAGUGCAUAUAGGAGCUGCCCAGUUCAGCCACACCUACCGGCCGGAGUUUGCACUGGGAACUUUCAUUGGCAAAAAGGAGAUCUCCUUUCAGAUUGAAAACAUCCAGCAGAUCUUUGGCUACACGCACAUUGGCUCUGCUCUCCGGCAGGUAGGGCACUACUUCCAGCCGGACAUGGGCAGCCGGAUCAACACAGGUACCCCGCAGGUGCUGCUGGUCCUCACAGAUGGCCAGUCCCAAGACGAAGUGGCUCAGGCCGCCGAAGAGCUGAGACACAAAGGGAUCAACAUUUACUCCGUGGGCAUCGGGGAUGUGGAUGACCAGCAGCUCGUUCAGAUGACCGGGACCGCUGAUAAAAAACUGACAGUUCACAACUUUGACGAACUGAAAAAGGUCAAGAAGAGGAUCGUUCGCAACAUCUGUACCUUGGGGAGUCAGAGCAAUUGUUUUGUGGACAUUGUGGUGGGAUUUGACAUCUCAACUCAGCAGAAUGGGCAGACUUUGCUUGAAGGUCAGUCUUGGAUGGAAACUUACCUUCAAGACAUCUUACGUACCAUCAGGUCCCUCAGUGGGGUAAGCUGUGAGGUGGGCACGGAGACUCAGGUUAGUGUGGCUUUUCAAGUGACCAAUUCCAUGGAAAAAUAUUCCCCCAAGUUUGAGAUCUACAGUGAAAACAUACUGAACAGCUUGAAGGAUGUAACAGUUAAAAGACCAUCUCUUCUCAAUGCAAACCUCUUGAGUUCUCUGUGGGGUGCAUUUCAGAAUAAAUCAGCUGCUCGGGGAAAGGUGGUUCUCUUAUUUUCAGAUGGAUUGGAUGAUGAUGUUGAAAAACUUGAACAAAAAUCUGAUGAACUUAGAAAAGAAGGCCUGAAUGCCCUCAUCACAGUUGCUCUGGAUGGAGCCACCAAUUCCAAUGACCUGGGUGACCUUCUCUACAUUGAAUUUGGGAAAGGAUUUGAGUACAGGACACAGCUCACUCUUGGGAUGAGGGAUCUUGGGAGCCGACUGUCAAAGCACCUGGUCAGUGUUGCAGAAAGGACAUGCUGCUGUUUAUUCUGCAAGUGCAUUGGAGGAGAUGGCACAGUGGGAGACCCUGGACCAGCAGGGAAAAAGGGACCCCCAGGUUUUAAAGGCAGUGAAGGCUAUCUGGGAGAGGAGGGCAUUGCUGGGGAAAGAGGAACCACCGGACCAAUGGGAGAGCAAGGUACUAAAGGAUGCUAUGGUGCCAAAGGUCCUAAGGGAAACAGGGGACUAAAUGGACAGGAGGGAGAAGUUGGGGAAAGUGGAAUUGAUGGGUUAAAUGGAGAACAGGGUGACCGUGGUCUUCCAGGAACAAAAGGAGAAAAAGGAGAUGAAGGAGCCCAGGGAAUCCCAGGAGAGAGAGGGAUUCCUGGCGACCAUGGAGCAAAGGGCCUGUGCGGAGACCCUGGAGUUCCUGGUUUUGACAGUAGCAUAGAAGGACCCAAGGGCUUGAAAGGGGAACACGGAAGACAGGGAAGAAGAGGCUGGCCAGGCCCCCCUGGAACCCCAGGCUCCAGAAGAAAGACAGCAGUUCAUGGCCAGAGGGGACAUACAGGCCCACAGGGGAAAACAGGCAUCCCAGGCCCAGAUGGACUUGCGGGGUCACUGGGACUUAAGGGUCCUCAGGGCCCAAGAGGAGAGGCUGGUAUGAAAGGAGAAAAAGGAAGUCUGGGAAGUAAAGGUCCCCAGGGGCUUCCAGGGCCAGCAGGAGAGACAGGGAGUCAAGGCCGUGUGGGAAGCCAAGGAAACAAAGGAGAACCUGGCGAUAUGGGAGAAAAGGGAGCCAUUGGCCUUCGGGGUCCUCGAGGCUUGCUGGGUGAUGAUGGCAACCUAGGUUAUGGUAGUGUUGGAAGUAAAGGAGCAAAGGGGCAAGAAGGAUUCCCUGGAGAAAUUGGACCUAAGGGUGAGGUUGGGGACCCUGGUGGUCCAGGAGAAACUGGACCCAAGGGCACUAGAGGCAAGACAGUGUCUGCUGGGCUUCCAGGAGAGCCGGGAUCCCCUGGGGAGCUGGGACCUCCUGGACGCAAGGGUGUGAAAGGGGCCAAAGGAUUGCCUUCCUUCUCGACAUGCGAGCUCAUCCAGCAUGUGCAGGACCACAGUCCUUGCAGACAUGGAGCCCCGCGGUGCCCUGUGCAUCCCACGGAGCUGGUGUUCGCGCUGGACCAGUCCCGGGGCGUCACGGAGCCAGAGUUCGCACGGAUGAAGGAGAUGACAACCUCCCUGCUGGGCGGUCUCCGGGUCCGGGAGAAGCACUGCCCUGUGGGUGCGCGCGUGGCCGUGCUCACCUACAACUCCCACGCCAGGCUCCUCAUCCGCUUCUCCGACGCCUACAGGAAGGACAGACUCCUCAGACAGAUUGAGGCCCUUCCUUACGAGCGGUCCGCGUCCAGCAGGGACAUUGGCAAGGCCAUGAGGUUUGUCUCCAGGAAUGUCUUCAAGCGGACGCUCCCAGGGGCUCACACCAGAAGAAUUGCCACGUUCUUCAGUGGCGGCCCAUCUGUAGAUGCCCAGACCAUCACGACAGCCGGCCUGGAGUUCAGCGCCCUGGACAUUAUCCCGGUGGUAAUCACCUUCAGCCAGGUGCCCGCCAUCAAGCACUCGUUUGUGAUUGACGACACUGGCAGAUUCCAAGUCAUCAUGGUUCCACACAGGAUUGACUCUGCGCCAGCACUAGAGGGACUCCAGCGGUGCACUUUCUGCUAUGAUGUAUGCAAGCUGGAUGCUUCUUGUGACCAAGCCAGACCACCCACCGUGCAAUCUUACAUGGACGCUGCUUUCCUUCUGGAUGGCUCCCGGCAUGUGGGAAGUGCAGAAUUUGAAGACAUAAGAGGCUUCCUGGGAGCACUGUUAGAUCACUUUGAAAUCACCCCAGAGCCUGAGACUUCUGUCACUGGAGACCGAGUGGCCCUAUUAAGCCAUGCUCCCCCCCACUUCCUACCCAACACUCAGAGGAGUCCCGUUAGAAGUGAAUUCAACCUUACCACCUACAAGAGUAAACACCUCAUGAAGAGGCACGUGGAAGAAUCAGUUCAGCAACUCAAUGGAGACGCUUUUAUUGGUCAUGCCUUACAGUGGACUCUGAACAAUGUCUUCUUGAGUACACCCAAUCUGAGAAGAAAUAAAGUCAUUUUUGUGAUAUCUGCUGGGGAAACCAGUCACUUGGAUAGGGAAACCUUAAAGAAAGAAUCCUUGAGAGCCAAGUGUCAAGGUUAUGCCUUAUUUGUGUUUUCCCUUGGCCCUUCUUGGAAUGACCAGGAACUGGAAGAUCUAGCCAGCUACCCUUUGGAUCACCACUUGGUCCAGCUUGGCCGCAUUCAUAAGCCUGACCACAGAUAUGGUGUGAAGUUUGUGAAGGCCUUUAUAAGCUCAGUCAGGCGUGCAAUCAACAAAUAUCCACCAAUAAACAUCAAAGCAAAGUGCUACAGACUCAGCUCUGCAGAUCCGCAGCAGCCUCUGCGCCAGUUGCGAAGCUUCCUUCCUGGACCACAUAAAGCUACCCUCAAAGAUGUAUUACAGAAGGCAAAAUUCUUUCAACAUAAAAAACAUCUGUCAAGAAUAGCAAGAGGCAGCAGAGAUGAUACUGUUCAAAAUUUUACGAGAAACACAUCCCACACCUUUAAAAGUGGGAAAGGGGUGAUAAAAACGGCUCCCAAACAACAUGAUAAAGAAGUGCUCGAAGAGUUUAGCCUCAGGAAGCAUGGUAAGACUCUGGGCUUAAAUAACUAAAUUCAUGAACACAAUGUUGGACGACUUUUACUUGGAUUUCUGUCUGCAUCCAAGGUCCGCUUUGGAGAGCAGAACAAGUAACAGGUGGUGGGUCAUCAGAGAACUUGACCCCUUGCACUCUCUGGUAUUAAGAUAUAUCUUGUCCAUUUAUUUGACCAUUCCUGAUAAUCCCUGAUAAUUCUGAGACUGGUAUGUUCAAGAACUGUUAUCAUUAAAAGAUGGAAGAAUAAAAGGAGUCUUUUGAAAAGUCUAA